CACAUGAUCUGCCUUGGCCACGGCGCUACCAUGCACCCUGCUCACGUCUCGCUUGCCGACCGGCGCGUAGGCAGCGACACUGCAACGAGUAUACAACCCCAUGGGGUGAUCGAAGUCAUUCUGGGAUGUCGAAGAAGGAUUUGCCACGAGUGAAUGGAGAUGAACCCCCGAGUCACCGUCGGACAUUCAUGCCACGCCCCCACUGGAAUGGUGACCACGGGAAUUGAUUCCGAGUCUUCCCAAGACCAUUUCGCGCCGGACAAACGUCGGGAAAAUAGCUCAGAAGGGUCACAUGAGCAGUCAGGAACUUUUUCUAUAUCCCCGCGUUAGCAUCUAUGCGGCGCCGCGUGCGUGGUAUUUAAGUCCAACCGCGCGACGAAGGUGUCUUAGUCCUUCGUUGGCUGCCCACCAUGGUCGUGCGUAUCCGCUCUCCGUCGCUCCGGCUCCUCGUCUCGUGUCUCGUCGUUGCCGUCCCGUCCGUGCUGGGGGCAGAGAGCCUGUUAGGUGUCAGGGACGGGCUGCACUUCAGCUUGGAGUCCCGCGCGACGAACAUCGACGGGUCUGUCCCGACGUACAAGAACCCCCAGGCGUCGAUCGAGGCUCGUGUCGCGGACUUGCUUCCGCGCAUGUCCAUCCAGGAGAAGGUCGCGCAGAUUAUUCAGGGGGAUAUCAAUGGGUGGAUGAACAUGACGGAUCCGCUGGACGACACGCUGGCCUUCAAUCAGACUGGUUUGGAGGAGACCGUGAGAUUGAAGGGAGGAUCGAUUUGGGCAGGGUAUCUGACGCCUUGGGAUAAGCUGGUCUACGCUAUCAACGUUGGACAAAAAUACAUGAUGGAGAACACGACUCUGGGUAUCCCAGCCAUGUUCCAAUCCGAGGGUCUCCACGGCUUCACGGACAAUGGCACGACGUUCCCCUCCCCGAUCAGUCUCUCGUCGUCGUUCAACCCCGAUCUCGUGCAACAAGUCGCGAGCAUCAUCAGCUCCGAGGCGGAAGGGCUCGGACUCUCGCAGGUCUUUGCACCCGUGCUCGAUCUGUCGCGCGAGCUUCGCUGGGGACGUGUUGAGGAGAACUACGGCGAGGACCCGUACCUGACGGGUGAGAUGGCUGCUGCGUAUGUCACUGGUGUGCAGGCAGGCAGGAGGAGGAAUGCGAGCUCUACUGCGAUUGCGAAGGUGGCUGCGACAUGCAAGCACUUUGCAGCCUUUGGAUCACCGCAUGGUGGACUCAACACGGCGCCUGUCACGGGUGGAGAGCGAGACCUGCGAGCGUUGUACUUGCGUCCGUUCGACCGUGCGUGCGUGGGCAGCUUGUCGAUCAUGACUGCCUAUUCCACUUACGACGGUAUCCCGGCUGUCGCCAACACUCAUCUGCUCACCGACAUUCUCCGGAACGAAUGGGGCUACAAGUACUGGGUCACCGCCGAUGCCGGCUCAAUUGACCUGCUUAUCACUCAGCACGGCACAUGUGCCGAUCGCCAGUGCGCCGCCAAAACGGCACUGGAGAAUGGCAUCAGCGGUGAGAUGGGAGGUGGAUCUUUCACCUACUACACGAUUCCUGACCAAAUCGCUGCUGGCACAAUCAAUGAAAAAUACCUUGACCAGACCGCGGCUGCGAUGCUGCGCACCAAGUUCUCCCUCGGUCUGUUCGAAAACCCAUACCCUUACUCCGACUACAAAUCCACUCUUCGGACGCCAUUGUCUCGGGCCAUUCUGCACAAUAUCGAGCAGGAAGCCAUCGUCCUGCUCGAAAACCGAAACAAUGUCCUUCCUCUUGGCAAGAGUGUCAAGUCGGUUGCGCUCAUCGGCCCCCAAGCCGAUCGAGUGUCUUUCGGCGACUACGUGUUCUUCAACGCGUCGAACAACGGUAUCUCGCCCCUGAAUGGAUUCAAGCAAUACCUGUCUAGCGUCUCGAGCUCUGUCAAGCUCAACUUCGCGGAGGGAUGCAAGCUGUGGUCGAACGACCAGUCUGGGUUCGCUGCGGCUGUCUCGGCUGCUCAACAGUCGGAUGUGGCGGUCGUCAUGGUCGGGACCUGGUCGCUUGAUCAGACCCAACUGUGGACUCCUGGAACGAAUGCGACGACCGGAGAGCACGUUGACGUGGCUGACCUCGCUUUGGUGGGAGCGCAGCUCGCCCUGGUCCAGGCCAUCAAGGCGACUGGAAAACCGACUAUUGUCGUUCUCGUUUCCGGGAAGCCUGUCGCCGAGCCGUGGAUUCAAGCGCACGCCGAUGCCGUCAUCCAGCAGUUCUAUCCUGGAGAGUUGGGCGGUCUGGCCAUCGCCGAGGCUAUCUUCGGUGCUUUCAACCCUUCCGGAAGGCUGCCUGUGUCUUUCCCCCGCUCUGUUGGCACGAUGCCUGCGUUCUACAACUACCUCAAGGGAUCUCGUCCCAUCGAUGCCGGUCAGGUUCUGGAUGAUGGCACUUUGAUGUUUGGACACCAGUACGUUUUGAACAGCCCAGUCCCCAUUUGGAGCUUCGGACACGGUCUCAGUUACACGACUUUCAACUACACUGACCUCCACGUCUCGCCAUCGAAAAUCGGCCCUGCACAGAACUUCAACGUGAUCGUGACCGUGCAUAACACCGGCCCCGUGCGCGGGAAAGAAGUCGUCCAGGUCUACGCGACAGACCUCGUCUCCUCCGUCGCUACUUUCACUCAGCAGCUGAUCGGGUUCAAGAAGGUUGACAUUCCUGCUGGUCAAUCUACGACCGUCACGAUCCCCAUCACGACUUCCAACCUGGCCAUUUGGACACUCAAUAACGCUUGGGCUGUCGAGCCCGGUGUGUUUACGAUCAAGAUCGGCACGAGCGAUGUCGUGUACCUGCAGUCGAAUUUGACUAUCACGUGAACGAUCGUCUUGACUGGUAGUAUACGCACUUUCUGAUGAUGAUAAUUUUAUCAAUCCAAUCCGUGAAAUCGUUCAAGUCAUCUUUGC